AUGCCUUCCUCCGUUGUCUCGAGCACCCUUCCGGACCUCACUGGCCAACUUGUCGGCGAGGACUCGCUUGAGCUGCUCUCUGUCAUUGGCUGCGGGGCCUUCGGCAAAGUUUACAAGGCGCGAGACACUGACUCUCCCGCUGACAACCCGAUUUAUUAUGCGGUCAAAUGCAUGCCUGUAUUCGAGCCCGACUCCAAGGGCGAGGAAAUGCAAUUGAAAGAGCUCGAGACGCACGUAACAGUCUCUGACCACCCCCGUAUCGUCACACUCCAUGGGUGCUUUACCUCGGACGAGCAUCUGUUCAUGGUGCUCGACUAUGUUUCAGGCGGCGACAUGUACGAUGCGAUGAUCCACUGCCAACUGUUUGUUGAGAACCCCGCGCUCGUCAAACAAGUAAUGGACCAGCUCCUUGAUGCGGUUGAGAUAAUGCAUCUCAACAGCGUAUUCCACCGCGACAUCAAGGUUGAGAAUAUCCUUUGCGACGAGGACGGGCUGAACAUCCGGCUGACCGACUUUGGUCUUGCAACCCAGGAGCCUCGCAGCAGCGAGUUUGGCUGUGGGACUCGUCUCUAUCUUUCACCAGAGUCACUUUGCCCCUCUUGGGGCGAAACCACCUACUCGUCGCCACACAGUGACCUCUGGGCCGUGGCCAUGGUGCUUGCCAACCUCAUAUCCGGUCACCACCCAUGGGAUGUUGCCUCUGCCGCCGACCCACGAUACUCCGCUUUUCGCAGCUCAGAUUCCUUCCUUGAGCAUGCCCUCGAAAUCACACCUGAGGCGGCCCGUUUCCUGAACUGGUGCUUCCGCGAGGAGCCUUCUUCGCGGCCCACCCUCCAGCAAAUGCGUGCGGAAAUCGCUAAAAUUGACACUUUCUCGUUGGCCUAUGACCCACAAACUCUCCACACUGUUGACCUCCCAGAGGCCGUUUCCCCCACCACUAUCAAACCUUGGCUCUGCCUCGUUAACAUGGGCGGUCGCGUCGGACCCUCCCAGUGCUGUUCGCUCAUUCUCCACGGGAUAUUCUUCCGAACUCGACACCAGAAGCGAUUCGUCUGCUUUGCACUCAGCCCCGCCGUCAACACCAAGUCCAACUUGAAUUCCCUCUGCGCACAGUUCCCUGUCCCGCCCAUUGGCAAGCGCGAAUUUCCAGUUGUGCCUCUAACACGGCAGUCUUGCAUCGAAUAUUAUUCUGACGAGGAGGUGCCCUGUGCCAUAGGCAAACGCAAAUUCCCAGUAGAGGCUGGCUGGCGGCGGUCUCGAAUGGAAUAUUACUCAGACGAAGAAGAUUAUAACGUGCUCCUUUGCGACUUCCCCUCCCCGCCCCGGGCACUCCCAGCUUCGCAGAGGCGCUCUUCGUACGGCGGUAUCGAUGUCAUGCGGGAGCGUAGACACGGGCUCGUUUUUGGCAGGAAGCUGCAGAAGCCUGUGCUGUCGGCCGAACAGCGACUGAUUCGUCGGCAGGCGGGGAUAUGGGCUUAA